GUACAAAUGAAAGACCCAAUUUGAAUCCAGCCCAACAAGGGAUUGUAAGAAAGUAAAGUAGAGAAGCCCAAAUGACAAAAAUGGUUUGCCGGCACAAUUUCUGAGAGACGAUGAGAAAGAGAGUGGUGUGAUGGUCGUCUCUGAAAAGCUUAAUCGGUGGUUGUAGUAGCUCGUACUGAGCCUAGAGACGACAGUGAUAGAUCUGAUAGUGUCAUUGCAGACACGUAGAAGCUUGAAGAUUGAUGAGUUCUGAGGAAAGAUGCCGCGAGAGUGAUAAUGUCCGUUCCGUCCGCUUAAAUAGGGAUUUUAAACGGGGGAACCAUUGUUGAAGCAAUCGCUGAAGCUUGCAAACGGCUGAGAAAGUCUUAGACUUGCGAUUCUAUUGCGAAUCAAUUUCCCUCACCCUUUCUAUUUUGCUGCCCCACUUUCACCACCCUUUAGUCUAAACUUGCUCGCUUUCAGAGUCGCUUCUUUUGCUGCAUUUCUCUGGAAAAAUGGCACCAAAUCCUCAUAUCAAAAAAGCCUGCAACGCUAUGAAAAUUCUUGGAAUACAACAGGCGAAAGUAAGACCGGUUCUCAGGAAACUUCGAAAAACUUAUGAUGAUAAUUGGGAUUUCAUAGAAGAUGACAAUUAUAGUGUACUAAUUGAAGCUAUACUUGCUCCUGACGAUGUCCAGGCCAUUGAAAGUAAGAAGGAAGAAAAAAAGGAGACCGAAGAUGUAGCAAUGAAUCGGGAAAAGAAGAAAGCUCGUGAGCAAGCUCAGCUUGCUGUGAAAGACCAAGAAGAUGAUAUCGAGGAAGAUGAAGCUCCUUUGAAGAGGAGGUUUCGCGGAAAACGCGAAAGAGGAUGUGACAACAACACUAGUCUUAGCUCCACGUCAAAGACUCCAAACAAAGAGGAUCCCAAGCCUCAAGAGGAAGAUGAAGAUGGUGAAACGACUGAGCUACCUCCUUUGAAGAGGUACUUCCGCCGAACAGGUGAAAGAGGGUCUGCAACAACUGUGCAUAACAAGGCAAGUCCUAGCUUCAGCAGCGCCAUGUCAGUGGAACCCAAAGAACGACCACCAGUGAUAUUGUUGCCAGCUGCUCCUGUAGUAGCUGAAAACGACUCUUAUGCCGGUGCACUUAUCAUCGUCGACGAUGAGCCCUUUACCGAUCAUAAGCCUAUGAUUCCAGAGAACUGUUCAGCUCGCGCUCUUGAGAUGAGGAAAUCAAACAUGUAUGUGAAAAAGCGGGAUGGAGAAACAGAUGUCACUCACACUCUCAAUGAUUCUACUUCGAAAACAGCCUCUGGCAUGGUUAAGGCGGGUGGUGAAAGUGGUGCACCUGCUAUUUCCAAUGAGUUGGUAGUUGUUCCUGAAUCUGAGAUCUCUGCACAUGGCUGGAGAGCCUUUAGCAACACAAAGGACAUUACGGUUGGUACAGAAAAUAUUGAGAUUCCAUGGGUGAAUGAGGUCAACGGCGAGGUUCCUUCACGUUUCCGCUACAUAUCACAGAGCGUUGCGUUUCGAGAUGCUGCGGUGAAAUCCUCGGUCUCAAGUUUCUCUGAUGAUCUAUGCUGCUUCUCUUGUAUUGGAGAUUGCUUGGUUUCUUCAGCGACGCCCUGCAGUUGCACAAUUGCAUACAGAGUAGAUGGUGUACUCACAGAGGAUUUCUUGGAAGCGCGGAUCUCUGAGGCUCGUGAUCAACGGAAACAUGAUUUUCAUUUCUGUCGAGAGUGCCCGUUGGAGAAAGCUAAAAACGAAGAGACUUUGGAACCAUGUAAAGGGCACAUAAAGAGGAAAGCCAUUAAAGAGUGUUGGAUCACAUGUGGCUGCGAUAAGAUAUGCGGUAACCGAUUGGUCCAAAAAGGAAUACACAACAAAUUAGAGGUGUUCUGCACACCGAAUGGGAAAGGUUGGGGCCUAAGGACUUUGGAGAGAUUGCCUCAAGGGGCAUUUGUUUGUGAGUACAUUGGGGAAAUACUCACGAUUCCAGAGUUAUACCAACGUAGCAUGAAAGGUGAAAGUAUUUGUCCUGUGAUGUUGGAUGCACUUUGGGGCUCUGAUGAAAGUUUAGAGGAUAACCAAUCUCUGUGUCUUGAUGGGACGCGUUAUGGAAACAUCUCAAGGUUCCUUAACCACAGAUGCCUAGAUGCAAACUUGAUCGAGAUCCCAGUUCAUGUCGAGACUCCAGAUCAACACUACUAUCAUCUUGCGUUCUUCACAACAAGAGUCAUCGAGGCAAUGGAGGAACUCACGUGGGAUUAUGGCGUUGACUUCAACGAUGAAGACUGUCUGAUGAAACCCUUUGAUUGUGUGUGUGGCAGCAGAUUCUGCAGGAACAUUAAGCGCUCAAAGAAGGCCAAGAAGGUAAUGAACAGAGCAUGAAGAAGAGAAGAUGUGAGUGAGGCCUUUUGCCUUUUUCUAGAAAGCAAUUUUAACAAACCUGACUUGGUUAUUUCGAGGUCAAACUCUGUGUAUAUAGAGCUCGGGGGUCUGUAAUUCUAAAUUUAUAAUGGUUAAGUUAAUCACCUCGUUUUGUUUUUAACUAAACUAAACUAAACUAUCAUUCAAAUUUCAAAGUACCGUGUUUAAGUAUUAGCUACGGAUCACUCUCAAUUUAUGAAAAAAUAGAAAAUAAUGAUUAUA